GAUCAUUGUCUUCGAUUUAAUAUAGAAAGAAUAUCGAAGUAUUGGAUAUUUUAUUUCAAGAUAAACUAAAAAAUAAUUUUUGUAUAAAGUAACAAAAGUGACGUAAAGUUGUAAUGAUUGAAAGCAAGUUCGCGAAGCAACUGCCAAUCUUUAGAAAUGAAUUGCAAUGGGGGGUCGUCUUUGGGUGGUGAACGUAGAUCAAAUAUCUUUAUGGAUAUUAAACCAAUUAUUACCUAUGCUGGAGAUGACAAAUUAUUUUCCACAUUGGAAAACAGUUUACUUCAAGCCAUACCUUCUGAUAUAGUAGAAUGGCGUAGAUCAUUUAGUAGACCAAUUAAACAAGUCAAACUUGGGGCAACUUUUUUACCAUUUUCUAAAGAUAUUUUACCCACUGAGAAAGAUUGGCACCUGGUAAAACAACCAAUAUUUCAUAUCUAUUGGACUGAAUGUUCUGAUGUAGAUACUUAUAAAGCAAGCAUCAGAGAAGACAUAGAUAACUGGUUGAAGAUAUUAACACAAUAUCAUAUUCAAGAUUGGAUGAUUGUCAUAGUAGAAACAUAUGAUAUAAAAAAAACUAAUAAAUUGUUACCUAGAACUACAGUUCUAGACAAAAUUCGCAGUGAUUUUGCUGCUAAAAAUGGUGAUAGAUGUUGUGCUGUAAUAAAUCCAAUUAAAUCAGAAGUGCGUUCAGCUGAAUCAUGGAGAAGUUUAAUUACUCGCAUACGUUAUUUAAUGCUUGUUGCGUAUGAUAAAAGAUUAUCUCAAUUUGAAGAUAUUAUUAGAGAACAACGAGAAAAUAGAAAUCAUCCAAACUGGAAUUUUUGUCACUAUUUUUUACUACAGGAAGAACUUGCAUUUGUUUUACAAAUGUUAGGAUUAUAUGAUGAAGCAUUAGUACAGUAUGAUGAGUUAGAUGCUCUCUUUACACAGUUUGUGCUUAAUUCCAAUGUAGGAGAUACACCAAUUUGGUUAAAUUUAUUCCAAACUCCAUUAAAUAAUUGGGGUGGUGUUAAUUUAAGUAAUGGUACAAAUCAUCAUUUAAGACAUCUUCUUGCUGAAUGUAAAGCAUCAUUAUUAGAUCUUAGAAGUUAUUUAUUCAGUAGACAGUGUGCCAUGCUACUAUCACUUAAUAAACCAUGGGAGGUUGCACAAAGGUGCUUAUCAUUUGUUCAUAAUACAUUAAGUGAAUUACGUAUAUUAGAAGUUCAACGACCUGAAGGAUCUAUUGAAUGUUGGUCUUUCCUUUGUGCAUUAGAGGUACUACAAGCUUGUCAAUUAUCAUCUUAUAAUAUUGAUAACAAUAAACAACUGGAUCUUUGCUCCUUACAUACAGCCAGUUUAUGGGCUCUUGCUAGAGAUAAAUUGGGAAAUUUAGGAAAAUUAUGUGGUUUAAUGCCUGGAAACGAGCCAUCUAGUGAGCAAUUACACACAGUUGUAUAUUUAAUAGCUGGAAUGGGAGACUCUGAAUCACAUAUAGAGGGGAAAUUAACACCCACUGAUAAAUUAAAAGAAGCACUUUCGUCGAAAGAGGCGUUUAAAAAACAAUAUCUUGAACAUGCAGAAUUAGCUAUGGGUACUUAUAAACAUGUAGGGCGGAUUAGAUCAGCCAGAUUAAUUGGAAAAGAGCUAGCACAAUUUUAUAGCGAGCUUGGAGAGAACCAAAAAGCUGUGGCAUUUUUAUCAGAUGCUUUAAAAACUUACACUGAUGAAGGUUGGAAUCACCUAGCAGCACAAACACAACUUGAAUUAGCACAAUGCUACAAAAGAAUGGAUGAUGUUGAGAAAUACACAAAAAUAUGUGCUGCUAUUGCUAGUUUGGACGUAUUACACAUUACUGUUCGUAAUUCCUAUUUUGAAGAAAUGUUUGGAUAUAUGAAAAUGAUCUCAUUACCACAAACCUUACUUGUAGAACUUGGAUGUGCUUUUGUGAUAGUCAGUAUGGAAGUUAAAGUGAUGGAUAAAGUAGUCCAAGAUUGCAUGGUCAAUAUUGAAAUAUGUAUACAAAGUUUAUUUCCUAGAGAAGUAAAAUGUACUAAAGCAUCUAUAUCUGUUGAAGAAAUUCAGAAACCAAUACUAUCUAAUAAAAAAAAAGGUUCAAAAUUACCACCUGAACCAUCAAUCCCGCUGUUAUCUAAAUGUACUCUAGAAGAUAUGAAAUCAUUUGAUCCAAGUUUACUUCAAUUACAAGUAUAUUCAUAUUUAGAUUAUAAACAAGAUAAAAGCCUCGGAUCUGCUAGUGUUAUAUACAGAAACACUAAACCUAUUGUAAAACGUUCUGACAGUACAAAACAUAGAAAACCAUUUGUAAAUGCAAAAGGUGACUUUAGCAAAGCAUUGUUGUGUGAUGAAUUUAUUGUAAAACCAGGUAUAAAUACGUUUACUUUAUCUAGACGUGUUGAUCAGCCUGGUUUCUACAAAGUUGGUCAAAUGUCAUUAGUUAUUGAGGAAAAAUUAGAGUUUUUAUCACCGAUUUUAAAUCCUCGGUUAUGUUAUGAAGUAGCUAAAACCCAGCCUACAAUUUCCAUGAAAUGCGGUCGAGACUUAUUGGCAGGCCUUAUUCAAGACAUAGAAUUAAUUAUUAUGAGCAGGAGUGUAAAAAUAACAGAAGAAAUGAAACUUAGAUUACGUACAUCUAGAGGAUUGAUAAUACAAGUCGAUAGUUCACAGGAAACAAUGUCUAAAGAACUAGAAAUAUCACUGCCACUUUGUGAACCAUUUCAAACAAUACGAUUAAAGUUUAAAGUUUUAGCUGAACUACCACCAAAGAAAGAUUCUUUAUCAAUGGAACAUAAGUUGAAUAUACAGUGUCCAUGGGGUUUAGAAGAAAGCAUACCUCUACAUUUUGGUCCGCCACUUAUGUCAAAUAUGAAACUCCAUACAGCAAAACAAAGAAAAUUUCUUCAAAUAAUUGUGACAGGAUUAACAAAUCAACUUUUACAAUUAGUUGAACCAGAAUUAACCACAGUAACGUCAAUAGAUGUUAAUUUCAAAAGUUUAAAUCCUAUUGCUGGUCAGAGAUUAGUAAUAGGUAAUGGAGUAAAUGUAUCAUUUAUGUGGGAACUUGAAAUUGGUAAAGAUGAAAAGUCUUUGAUGCCAAUAAAGACUGAUUUUCGUGUAAAAUAUAUACCAAUCAAUGAUACUGAAGAUCUGAACGAUUUAUAUAACAAUGAUGAUCCUUUACAAAUUCAUAAUUUACAAAGAAUGGAAAAGGCAUCGAAUUUUUAUAGAUGCAAUUUUGAUAUUAUAGAUUAUGUGACUUUAUUUACAGUGUCUUCAAAAGUUGAAGCAGCUGGAAAUGGAGGUGAAUUUUGUCGUGCUGGUAGCAUGUGCCAUCUUUAUCUUACAGUAACACGUAUGUUACCUAGUCCAAAUCCAAAUCCUUCACCACAAUUAAUGUAUGAAGUUCUUGCUGAUCAAGCCAUGUGGGCUGUAUGUGGUCGUACUGCUGGUAUUGUGUCUUUGGAAGUUCUAGAAAAACAAAGUGUCACAUUGGAUGUGAUGCCAUUAAUCAGUGGUUAUUUACCUCUUCCUGUUGUUAGGUUGUCUCGAUAUAUUCCAGCACCAGAAUCUAAAAGUGAUAUGAUUCGUAAAAGUGAAAUAGCUUCUAGUUCAAGACUAGAACCAUUCAGUCCUGGCCAAGUUUACAAUGCUAGUAAAGCACAGCAAGUUCACGUUCUACCAGCAGCACCUUCAGAAGCAAAUUGAAUGCAGAUAUAUUGAUAUUAAAAAUGUAUA